UUUCUGCAGACUGCAAGCCGCGUCCCGCUUUUCACUCUCACUCUCUCAAUCUAUCUCUGCCCCUCAAUCUCGCCGUUGCACCGAAGAAUCCCCCGCCUCUCCAUCUCGUCGCAGCGCAGAAGCAAAGCGUCGCCCGCCCCUCAACCUUGCUGUUUCACAGAAGUACUCCGCUGCCCUUCGUCCUUCCCGCAUUACAGAAGCAAUCCAUCGCAGGUACCCUGAAGCGCGCGAAGAACUGACAGGCUAGGGUUUUUAAACUUUUCAUUGCGCAGAGAUAGGAUACCAUGGCCAUUGAAUGCCUGGUCCUUGGUGCUGGGCAGGAAGUGGGGAAAAGCUGCGUGGUAGUGUCGAUCAAUGGCAAACGAAUAAUGUUCGAUUGUGGGAUGCACAUGGGCUACGAUGAUCACCGUCGGUACCCUGAUUUCUCUCUUAUCUCUACAUCUGGAGAUUUUGAUAGUGCCCUCGAUUGCGUUAUCAUCACCCACUUUCAUUUGGAUCAUGUUGGUGCUCUUCCUUACUUCACUGAAGUCUGUGGGUAUAAUGGACCGGUUUACAUGACGUAUCCAACAAAGGCAUUGGCUCCUUUGAUGUUGGAGGACUAUCGAAAAGUAAUGGUUGAUAGAAGGGGGGAGGAAGAGCAAUUUACUGCUGAUCAUAUUUCUGCAUGCAUAAAGAAAGUCAUAGCAGUGGACCUGAAGCAGACAGUGCAGGUUGAUAAAGAUCUUCAGAUCCGUGCCUACUAUGCAGGUCAUGUUCUUGGAGCUGCAAUGUUUUAUGCAAAGGUGGGAGACUCUGCUAUGGUUUACACAGGGGACUAUAAUAUGACCCCAGAUAGACAUCUUGGAGCCGCUCAAAUUGAUCGAUUGCAACUAGAUCUUCUCAUAACAGAAUCUACAUAUGCAACAACUAUUCGUGAUUCAAAAUAUGCUCGGGAGAGGGAAUUUCUUAAAGUUGUUCAUAAAUGUGUUGCUGCUGGUGGAAAGGUGCUUAUUCCUACCUUUGCACUUGGAAGAGCUCAGGAACUCUGUAUUUUGUUGGAUGAUUACUGGGAACGCAUGAAUCUAAAAGUUCCUAUAUACUUCUCUGCUGGUUUGACAAUUCAAGCUAAUAUGUACUACAAAAUGCUUAUUGGCUGGACCAGCCAGAAGGUCAAAGAGACAUAUACUACACAUAAUGCAUUUGAUUUUAAAAAUGUUUGUAAUUUUGACCGCUCUCUGAUAGAUGCUCCUGGACCAUGCGUUCUGUUUGCCACUCCUGGGAUGAUUAGUGGUGGUUUCUCAUUAGAGGUUUUUAAGCAUUGGGCUCCUUCUGAGAUGAAUCUUGUAACAUUGCCUGGAUAUUGUGUGGCUGGAACCAUAGGUCAUAAAUUGAUGUCGGGUAAACCCACUAAAAUUAAUUUGGACAAGGACACGCAAAUCGAUGUGCGAUGCCAGAUCCAUCAAUUGUCUUUCAGCCCCCAUACAGACGCCAAAGGAAUUAUGGAUCUAGUUAAAUUUCUUUCUCCUAAGCACGUGAUAUUAGUACAUGGUGAAAAGCCUAAAAUGGUAUCUCUGAAAGAAAGAAUCCAGUCUGAAUUGGGAAUUCAAUGUUAUGUUCCUGCAAAUUGUGAUACUGUGUGCAUUCCUUCCACUGUCUUUGUAAAAGCACAUGCCUCAGAGAUGUUUUUCCAAAGUUGCUUGAGUCCUAAUUUCAGGUUUUUAAAUGAAAGUUCAGAAGAUACAUCUGAUUCAAUUUUAGAAAGGACGAAUGGCAAAUCUCGGCUUCAGGUAACUGAUGAAAGAGUUGCUGAGGGGAUCUUGGUUAUGGAGAAAAGCAAAAAGGCAAGGGUUGUGCACCAAGAAGAGCUGCUGCUAAUGUUGGGAGAAAAACAGCAUGAGGUUCAGGUUGCUUAUUGUUGUCCUGUACAUGUUGACAACUUAGAUGAGGCUAGAAGAGAUCAUAUCUCAGCAGAUGAUGUACUUGGUCUCUCUAAUAAAUGCAAAAACUCUUGAAUUCAAUUUUAACCCCAAAUGACUGCUCAAACCCCUAAUCCAUAAUUAUGCUUUUCUUCUUCUCUCUGAAACCCAAAAGCCUAAUUCUUCCCCCUCAAUAUUAUCUCUCCAAUGUCAACGCAAACCACCGCCGGUGCAACCGCCUCCUCGGAGGAGAGUGACAGCCACGCUCCGCUUCUCCUUCCCCGCCAUGAACCCCCUUCCUCCACCACCGUUCGCCCAACUUCCCUCGCUGUUCUUCUCGGCCGUGCAACUGGCCGCCGUGGUCCUUCCAUGUUAGUCAGAGAGACGGCGGCUCGUGAGCUGGAAGAGCGACGCGCCGACUGGGGGUACUCGAAGCCCGUAGUGGCUUUGGACAUGCUGUGGAACACGGCGUUUGUGGUGGUUUCGAUAGUGAUGUUGAUUCUGACGGUGAACGAGAAUCCGAACACGCCGGUUAGGCUUUGGAUCUGUGGGUACGCGUUGCAGUGCUUGGUGCAUGUGGUUUUGGUGUGGUUGGAGUAUAGAAGAAGGAACACGAGGAGAGCGAGAGAUGAAGAGAGGCAGCAAGAAACUGAAGGAGGGAAUCUUGAUAGUGAAGAUGAGGAUGGGAGUGAUAGGGGUUCCCUGAGUUCCAGCCGAUCAAGCGUCGCUAAACGAUGUGAAUCAGUGAACACAUUGGCUUCAUUUCUAUGGUGGAUAGUAGGCUUUUAUUGGGUAGUUUCUGGUGGUGAUGUCCUUUUGCAACGUGCUCCACGUUUGUACUGGCUGGCUGUGGUUUUUCUGGCAUUUGAUGUGUUCUUUGCGAUCUUUUGUGUUGUUUUGGCAUGUUUGAUUGGGAUUGCUCUCUGUUGCUGCUUACCAUGUAUCAUAGCAAUUCUGUAUGCUGUUGCAGGGCAGGAAGGAGCGUCCGAAGCAGAUCUUAGUAUGCUCCCAAAAUACAGAUUUCAUGUGAUGGACAAUGAGGAAAAGCCCAUUUUUGGGUCAGGGAAAAUGAUUCCCAUUGAAUCCAGCAGUGGAUACUUGGCAAAUGAACGGAUACUUUUUCCUGAGGAUGCUGAAUGCUGUAUAUGUCUCAGCCCAUAUGAGAAUGGAGCAGAGCUCCAUACACUUCCUUGCAACCAUCAUUUCCAUUCAACAUGUAUUGUGAAAUGGCUGAAGAUGAAUGCUACUUGUCCUCUCUGCAAGUACAACAUUCUCAAAGGAAACGAACAAGUAUGAUGAAUAGGAUUACAGAAACCCACCGACAUCUGGGUUCAUCCACAUGCUUCUUGUUCAUCUUUCUGUACAGAAGAGACUGGGGCAAACGGAAAGAAACUUCUCCAAAUUCUUGUGAAAAUUACAAUAUAUGGCAUAGUCAAUAGAGCUGCAUUUGUCUUUUCCGGCCUUUUGAGUUGUCUUGAUUCUUCCUUUUUAUUUAGUUGUUUGAGCUGAGACACUGCAGAAAAAAGAAAAAAAAUAGUCACAUUUUGUAGGCUUUCUGCUUUUGGGUGAUGAAUUGUUUUGUAGUUAUACAUUUGUUUCUAUAUCACCUGCUAAGUAUGUAAAUGACUUUUUUUUUUUUGUAUAAUAAUGUAAUUGUAACAGCUUUGUUGGUGU